AUGUUUUCGCACGGCGCGGAUCCCGCCCACGACGCCUCCGCCGCCGGCGGCGGCGUCGGUGUCAGCGCCGGCGGCCCGCUCGUCCACACCCGCUUCGUCUGGCCCCAUGGCGGCAAGAGGGUCUUCCUCAGCGGUUCCUUCACCAGGUGGUCAGAGCAUUUGCCGAUGUCUCCAGUCGAAGGUUGCCCCACUGUAUUUCAAGCUAUCUGCAGCUUACCUCCAGGGAUUUAUCAGUACAAGUUCAAUGUGGACGGGCAGUGGAGGCAUGACGAGGGGCAACCUACUAUAACGGGAGAGUAUGGGGUGGUAAACACUUUGUACUUGACAAGGGAAUUUGACCACAUAAAUACUGUACUGAGCCCCACUACACCUGGGAGCAGGAUGGAUGUGGACAAUGAUAGUUUUCAACGAAUGGGUUCGUUGUUGGAUGGUGCCCUUCAGGAAGGUUCUCCAAGAAUUUCAGAGGCUGCUAUACAGAUCUCUAGGUGUCGUGUUGCUGAGUAUCUGAAUGCGCAUACAGGCCAUGACCUACUACCAGAUUCUGGAAAGGUCAUUGCUCUGGACAUUAAUUUACCUGUGAAGCAAUCUUUCCAUAUUCUCCAUGAACAGGGGAUUCCUGUGGCUCCUCUGUGGGAUUCAUUCAGGGGUCAGUUUGUUGGCCUUCUGAGCCCACUGGAUUUUAUACUUAUAUUGAGAGAGCUGGAAACGCAUGGCUCAAACCUGACAGAGGAACAGCUUGAAACACACACUAUAUCUGCGUGGAAAGAGGCUAAGCGGCAAACUUAUGGAAGAAAUGAUGGACAACUUAGAUCAAAUCAGCAUCUAGUGCAUGCCACCCCUUAUGAAUCCUUGAGGGGUAUUGCCAUGAAAAUACUUGAAACUGGUAUUUCUACAGUACCAAUCAUCUAUUCAUCGUCAUCAGAUGGAUCGUUUCCGCAGCUGUUGCAUCUUGCAUCCCUUUCAGGAAUUUUGAAAUGUAUCUGUAGAUACUUUAAGAACUCCACUGGUAGUUUGCCGAUUCUAAACCAACCAGUAUGCUCAAUUCCGCUGGGUACAUGGGUUCCAAAAAUUGGUGAACCAAAUGGUCAUCCAUUGGCUAUGUUGCGGCCUAAUACAUCUCUUAGCUCUGCCCUUAACUUGUUGGUUCAAGCUGGAGUUAGUUCAAUACCCAUUGUGGAUGAUAAUGACUCGCUGAUCGACACAUACUCCAGAAGUGACAUCACAGCUCUAGCAAAAGACAAGGUCUACACCCAUAUUCGCCUAGAUGAGAUGACCAUUCAUCAGGCCUUGCAACUUGGGCAAGACGCGAAUUCACCUUUUGGACUUUUCAACGGUCAAAGAUGCCAGAUGUGUCUUCGGUCUGACCCUUUGCUGAAGGUUAUGGAGAGAUUGGCUAAUCCUGGGGUGCGUCGCGUGUUCAUCGUGGAGGCUGGCAGCAAGCGAGUGGAAGGCGUAAUAUCGCUGAGCGACAUAUUCAAGUUGCUGCUGAGCUAG